AUGGAACAGCGCCCCAGACACACAGAAUCCUCAUCCCUGGGCUCCGAUGCUCAACAGCUGGGCAAGCCACUGGACCGCCCGCCGAGUUCCGGGAGACGAAGUUCCUUGCUGGAAGGAGAGGCGAGCGGCCCGUCGUAUGGUGCAACCGAAGCUCCAGUGGAAGGUGGAGCUCUGCCAGUGGUUCAGUUGCCGCAGGCGAUUGAUGAAGGCCGUGAAGGCACGUCAUCGUUGGUGGCUGGAAUGGUGGAGCCUGCAGCUGGAUCGGCGUUUUUGCUGAGUGAUGAUAGCAUGGUUGCAUCUGGUGGUUUGGAAGCUCCGCUACCAGUGUCUGUGGAAGAGCCGCUGUCGGUUCAGGAUGCAGAUGGUGGUUGGCGCCAAGGCCGGGAACAAGGUAUGGUGGCCCAGGUCAGCGCUAGAGGUGGAUCGCUAACUGUGGUUCGCUGGUUGACGCGUUUUACGGAAAUGCUGAGGACCACGACGGACGCAGCAGGUGGGUUCCAAGGUAGGGUUCUCACCGCCGCCAGUGCAAGAGAUGGCGGACGUGGCACCUCAGUCGCCACUGUUUCGUCGGGGAGAUCUUCAGAGGUUGAGGGAAAGCCAGAGGAGAGCACCCUUGAUCUAUGGCCUGAUGAGAGGAGGUGGGAGUUCAAUGAGCUCUACGGGGAGUUCGGAGAUCCAGGCGGAGGUGCGUCGGCAAGUCCAAGACUUCAUGGCGGGCCAAAGGGAAGAGUUGAGGAGUUUGCGGGAGCAAUUGACACAGGCGAAGCCAAGUGCAACCUGCCGGAGGCCUUCAUGGGCACCUUCCAACUCCGCUACCCCAACCCCCAGGUGGCCCUCGAGAGCAUGUUCAAGCAGUCCUACCUCAGCCCGCUGGAGGCGCUCAUGGGCAAGUACAACCUCUGCUACAUCAACUUCCUGGUGGUUCUCAGGGGCAUGUUCGAGAUGUCCUACCUCAAUCCGCUGGAGAUCCCCAAGACCAUGUUCAAGCUGUCCUACCUCAAUCCGCUGGAGGUUCCCAUGGGCAAGUACGACCUCCGCUACCUCAACUUCCUGGUGGUUCUCGAGGCCAAGAUCGUCAGCAGCUACCACAAGGCGACGGUGGUCCUCCUCGGCAUGAUCACAGGGAUCCGACCAUGCAAGGCCACAAUCCGCGAAGUGCUGCUCAAGGCGAGAAGCGUGGCUACAACUUCGGAGGCCGCCAGUCAGAACCCCAAGGGAGGAUCCAAGGGAAAGCAGCCAACAGCGAAGGGGGCCUGCAAGUGGUUUGCGAAGAAGGACGAGGGGUGCAUCAAAGGGGAGUCGUGCAAAUGGGCCCACGAGUGGGGCGAAACGCAAAAGAAGGGUCGAUGCCUGGUGUGUUCGGCAAAGGGUCACUUCGCCAAGGACUGCCCCACGAAGAGCGCGGAGGUGAAGUCGAAUGAGCAGAAGGAGAGACCUGGGCCAAAGUCACCUUCGAAGGGGAAAGGAAAGGGGCGCACUGAGGAGCCGACCGCAAAGUCUAUGAGUCCGGAGCCAGAGCCACAACCGACCUCACCGUCAACAAAAGGCGAGCCUCAGGAACAGGAACAGCAGGACUUGAAGGAGAUGCUUGGGGAGGCCACGAAGGCGAUCAAGACGUUAAUGGCAGCAAAGACCUCCUUGUCGACUACCUCCUCGAAUGGAACCUCUCAAGGCGCAGUGGAGUCCUUGCAACGCCAGCUAGAUGAGUUGAGGCUGAAGGCGGUGAGGGUGUGUGCAGCAGAGCCUCUGACAAAUGGAGCUGAAGAACAAGAUGCACUUAUAGAUUCAGGGGCAACCAACAUCCUCAGGCCACCGCGGGAUGAGAAGGAGCGGCGAGAUGCCGUUCCAGUUUCUGUGGUGUUGGCGGGGGACACAAAGAAGGAGCUCAUGCAGAAUGACGUGGGCACGAUCAUCGCCGGCAGCGACACCAGGACACAAACUAUAAUCCCCAUGUGCGAGCUCGUGAACCAUGGGUGGAAGGUGACAUGGACAGGGAAGAAGCUGGCCAUUAAGCGCCCGGAGUUUGGAAAAAUGAGAACUACGCUGCGAGGGGGAUGUCCUGAAGUCGCAAAGGAAGAAGCGAAAAGAAUUAUCAACCACAUUGAGGAGAAGAAGCGUCGAGAGCUGUACGUGGAGGUGAAGGCCUUGAAGGCAAAGAUCGAUGCGGUGAACGACCGUGAAGCGGAGCCGUGGACUACAUCUUUGAGGAGAUUGGUGGAGGUAAAGGACUGGGCCGCGCUGGCAAAAGCUAUCGAAACGGCGCCAAUGUUCAAGGACCUCCCUGGCAAGGUCAAGGACAAGUUGUUCACGGUGCUGGAGUUCACCGACGAGGCCGGCUGGAACUACAUGAAGAACCUCCCGUUGACGAGACGUGAAAGAAGGAAGAUGCUCAAGUCAAAAAGGUGGGUCGUGAACUUGUUCUCCGGAAAGGGUUUCCAGGAUGACCCGUUGGCAACGAUUGGGGAAGGCGUGAACGACGAGCGUGUGCUCCUCAAUGUCGACAUCGAGAAGAGCAAGGCGUACGACGUGACCAAGGACGGCAUCUACAAGGUCCUCAUGUGGGCGGCAGCUACUGGAAGGUUGGAAGACCUUCUUGGAGGGCCACCGUGUCGAACGUUCUCUGUGAUGAGGUGGAGGGAAGUUCCAGGUCGUGAAGGUCCUGUGCGUACGGGAGAAAGUCCUUACGGGAUAGCGGAGCUCACUGAAACCCAAAGGGAACGUGUGGAUGGAGACACGGAGUUGAUUGCGAAGAUGUUCUUGCUGUACAUGGUGAGCAAGUUCGCGACACAGUUGUGGGUGGAGUUCAUGAAGGCCACGGGUUUGGACGAGUACUCGUUCGAUCAAGGCGCCUUGGAACAUCCUGCGAGGAAGCCCACCACGAUUGGUACGAACUACGCCUUGGAGCGCCUCAACGGUUUGGUCGACGUCAGGGUGAAGUCGGAGAACGCGAUGAAGAUGGACCCGGCGAAGUUGGCAACGUGGUCAAGGGGCCUGAGAAGGGAGAUUGCGAAGGCAAUAGAUGAUCGGGCAGUGGUGAGUCCAAGGAUCAAGGCCAUGACCGCCAAGCAGCGUCUGGAGUGGAGAAGGCACCUCCAGGCGGACCACGUGCCGUUCAGGCGCGACUGCAGUAUCUGUACACAAAGUGCGGCAACUGGAAAGCCCCAUAGGAGGACAGAGUAUCCUCAGGCUUCGUUAGCUCUGGAUAUGGCUGGUCCUUUCAAGACGUUUGGGAGGGACCUGUACGAGAAGGAUUACAAGUAUCUUCUGGUGGGAGCGUUGAGGGUGCCAAAGGAGUUCUUGCCGAACCAGGACCAGAAGAAGAAGAAGGAUGAGCCGCGUGAAGAUUUGGAUCCAGAUGAAGCCCAAGGAGAAAUGGAGAUGGCAGAAGAGGAGGAGCUGGACUAUGAGCCGACGGAGUCUGAAGGGGAAGGCAAGGGAGGAAAAAGUGGAGAAUCGCCCUCGCAGUCCUCGAACCCGAAGGAGUCCAUGCAGUCCUUAGAAGGUGCUUCGCCAUCGCAGUCCUCGAACCCGAAGGAGUCCAUGCAGUCCUUAGAAGGUGCUUCGUCAUUGCAGUCUGUGGAGGAAAGGAAAGCAAGCCACUUGACGUCCUCGGAGGUGGAAACGCUCGAACAUCCUGAUCAAGAUGCACAAAAAGGUGGUGCGUUAAAGGACAUCGACGAGGUGGUGUUUCAAGGGGACAGUGGGGUUUGCAGCUCAAGGGAAAGCGGUGAGUCUUCCGGGAAAAAGGAGGUCCAGGAGGAAAAGAAGAAGUUUGAUGAGCAGAUUGAGAAGCUUCAGCAGCCCGUGGAGUACGAGACGCUGUACUUGGUUCGCCCGAUGAGAGGACGAAGAGGUGCGGAAACGUUGCAGGCAAUCCAAGAGAUGAGGCUGACGAUAAUGAAGGAAGGGCUACCUCUACAUCGGCUUCAUUCGGACAGAGCAAGAGAGUUUGGAACAAGGGCGCUUCGGAAAUGGAGUGCUGAGGUGGGGUUGAUCCACACAAAGACAUCAGGUUCCGAACCAGCAGGGAACGCCACCGCUGAAGCAGCAGUGAAAUGGACGAAAAGAACGGUGAGAGCGUUGCUGACAUCGUCAAGGGCGUCGCCGGGGGAUUGGCCGCUGGCCGCGCAGCAUGCUGCAGCAAAAAAGUGGGAAAGGCGCAUGAGACCGAAUGAGCCAGAGAUCCCUGCAUUUGGACAAGAGGUGUGGUACAAGACAAAAUCGUACGCCGGCACUGGUGAAAAGAAGGCAGCGUCUGAGGGGGAUAUGCCUCCGAGGUGGAAGAGAGCAUCGUGUCGAGGACCCUCAGGCGACGUCACUGAUGGGCACAUCAUGGCACGAGAUGAUGGUGGUUUGGUGGUGGCAAAGGGCGUGCGCGUGAACCUCAUUGAUCCAACGGAACUGGAGCCGAGAUUGCUUCCGGAGCUUCGCGGAAGUGAGGUGAAGUACAAACCUCCAACAAGGAGAGCGAAAGGGAAAACGCCAGGGGUGUUGGAGGAGGAAUUGGAGCCUGAAGAGGGGCGAGAGAGGAACUUGUCCCCGCCUGAGCGAUACGCAAAGGAGUGCUUGGAGAAAGAGAACAUCACGCAGGAGACGCUGGAGAUGCUGAUGGCCCUUCUUCCGCACGACGAACUAUCAAGAGAUGCUUUUUCCCCUCCAGACCCUGAGAUGUGGGCCCCGAAGCAGUGGGGAACAGGCGCCUAUGUGCAUGGAGGAGUCAUGGGCUUGAAGAAAAACGUCAAGAUGUUCAAGUACUCGACGAAGAUGAUGGCCCAUUGGGUGAGGGGGUCGGAUUGCCUUACAUCAGAGGACAGUGAUGCACUUCGUGAACUUGGUUUUGCCCUGCCGGGAGAUGAGCUCAAGUACUUGUCCUCGUCGGAGUCCUCGAGGCCAAGUUCGGGAGCAGCCAAUACUGUGAGCUCUUCUUCUUCAAAGUCACCUGAGGUAAGGGUGUCAGCCAUCAGGGCCGUCCAUACGUUUGAGGAGCAAGAUCAAGAAGAAGUGAAGCAGAGGAGGAAGGAUGCCAAAGUGGCAAAGGCCUCCAUAGAGAACAUCUACACGGACAACGUGGAGGAGUUGUUGGAGAAGCUGAUGACGGACCUCCAGGUGGUGCACACUGUGAGACAAAGCGAAGCCAUGAAGGUGUUGAUGAAAUGGAAGCCGUCGAUGAAGAAGGAGAUCGAUGCGUUGGAAGGUAAGGGCGCCAUCCUGAGAAUCACAAAGGAGGAAGCAGAUAGCCUCGAAGACGUGGAGUACGUGCACGGCAAGUGUGUGUGGACGGUGAAACCACCUGAGCACCCUGAAGAAGAGAAAGGAGACCCAGAUCGUGCAAAGUACAAAAGAAAGGUGAGGAUAGUGGCUUGCGGCAACCAGGUCGAAGAUGACACGUUGUCUGUGCAGGACCUCUACAGCGCCGGGGCCACCGCCGAUAUCGUCCGAACAGUCAUUGCAGAGGCUGGCUACAAGAGAUGGGGCGCAGCGAUUGAUGAUAUCCGAGCUGCCUUUUUGACAGCACCUUUGCCAAAAGGGGCGAGACGCUACAUUUUGAGGGUUCCGAAGGCGGUGAUUGCAGCUGGUCUGGCCCAAGAAGGGGAAUGCUGGUUGGUGCAAACAGCGUUGUACGGCGAAGUUCAGCGCAGAGUACAAAGGGGUGGAAGUGCAAGCACGCUGAAACCGUGCGUCACGGACCCGAACCUCUUCAAGAUUGUGGCGGUGGUGCAAGAGAAGGAGGUCGUGAUUGGUUACGUUGUGUUCUACGUGGACGAUGUGCUGGCGGUUGGGGAGGAUGAAACCAUAAAGGGCUUCUUCAGUUGGCUACACAGCGAGUGGGAGACGAGCGGCAUGCAGUGGGUGACGAAGGAAGGGCAAGUCAGAUUCCUGGGAAUGGAAAUUCGAAGAACCGAGGAGGGGUACUCGUUGUCCCAGGAGGGGUACGCCGCGGAGAUCGUGAGGGCCCACGCCGCUGAGAACGAGUACAGCGUCCUGCCAGCAACAAAGGAAUGGCUAACGAUGGAGCAUGAGAUGCCGGAGAUCCCCACCGACGCUGAAGGAAAGGCCUUGUUCGAUGCCAACGUGAAGGAUGCGCAACAACGGUGUGGAGAACUACUCUGGUUAUCGCAGAGAACGAGACCGGAGAUAAGUUUUCCAGUGGCUAUUGUUUCGUCGUGUACGACAAGGGAUCCAGAAAGAGCGGUCAAGAUUUCGAAGAAGCUGCUGGCCUACAUCAACACGACAAGAAGCAUGGGCCUGUUCACGGGAAAAAGUGUGCAAGAUGAUCCCCGGGAUCUGUACGCGUUUACGGAUGCAUCGUUUGCCCCGGAAGGCCGGCGAAGUCAUGGAGGGGCGAUGGUGGUGUGGAGGAAUACUGUGCUGUGCUGGAAGUCAUGGAGGCAUAGCACAAUAACGUUGAGCAGCGCGGAGGCUGAAGUGAUCUCGGUGACGGAAGGGGCGCAGAUGAUGGAGGCAGUGAGGGCAACGUUGAGGGAUAUGCAAAUAUUCCCGCACCGGUGCGUGUUGAUGAUCGACAGCACAGCGGCGCUUGCGAUCUUGGGUGGCGAGAACAAUUCAUGGAGAACGAGGCAUUUGAAGUUGAAAUGCGAAUGGCUGCGGCAGAAGGUGAAGGACGAGGCUAUUACGUUAUUCAUUGUCCGGGUCACGAAACAAGGUGAAAGCUAUGAGGGUGCCUCCUACAAGUUCGCCUCAUACAAGUUCGCCUGGAACGUCGCCUCGUACAAGUUCGCCUGGAACGUCGCCUCCAACAAGCUCAAAUCAUACAAGUUCGCCUCCUACAAGUUCGCCUGGAACGUCAACUCAUACAAGUUCGCCUGGAACGUCGCCUCCUACAAGUUCGCCUGGAACGUCGCCCUUGACAUGUUCGCCGUCGCCUUCGUCAGGAUCACCUGGGACGCCUCCAUUGAGUCCGCCAUCGUUUGUGUCAGAGUCGCCCCCAACAUGUUCGCCUCAUACAAGUUCGCCUGGAACGUCAACUCCUACAAGUUCGCCUGGAACGUCAACUCAUACAAGUUCGCCUGGAACGUCAACUCCUACAAGUUCGCCUCCUACAAGUUCGCCUGCAACGUCGCCUCCUACAAGUUUGCCUGGAACGUCGCCGACUACGAGUUCACCGUCGUCUUCUACAAGAGUUCGAAAGAUGGUGGUGGAGCAUGCCGUGUUCUACGUGGACGACGUUGUGGUGGCAUUGAGGCCAAUGCGGUGGGCGGAAAAGGAGCACGUCUCGACAGCAGCAACAGCAGCGAAGCCGCAGCCACAAGCUACAACAAGGAGCAGGGCCGAGAGGAGGAGGACUGGCAAAAUCCGAUGAGAGUGGAAUGGGAGCUGUAUUUCCUGGGAUUGGUUACGCUGAUCGCAGUGUUGGCCGUUUGGGAGUGUUUUCGUGAAUGUUUGAGGAGGGGAGCAAGAAAGCUUCCAAAACUUCGCGACCUCGCCCGACGACAACAAGACGGACCUUUGAGCAAAAAGGAGUGCAAAGAGCUAUCGGAGUUGGUGAACCGCGGAAGCUGGCUGGGAGAGAAGGACCACGAGAAGUUGACCGAGCUGGUGGCGCGGUUUACAAGACACGAUCAAGGAGCAAGUUGUGCUUCAAGGGGGCCGAAUCGUGCAGCAGGCCAGGCAAGGGAACAAAAGAGAGGAGAAGAUGGGGCAGCAGGGGCGAGAUCUCUGCGUGAGGCGGCUGCAUCGUCGUGGGAGCAGUCAAUGGGCGUGCGACAAGAGAGAGCGGCGGAGUCUUCGCUGGGAAAUGAGACCGCAAGGUCAGUGGCCCGUAUGGAGGUUGGGGUUCAAGCUGACUUGGCGAUGGUGAGAUUGGUGCAAACAGGAGAGCCAAUCAUUCGCGUGCGAGAAGUAUGUCCACCAGCCUUCUUCCUAUGUGAUGGUGGCCGGACAGUCCACACCGACAAGCAGUGUUGGGGGUUGAGGAAUAUCCCUCAGCAUGAGCGAAGGGAAAGGGAGCUCUGCCAAGUGUGUGCUCGAGAUCAAGGAGUUCCAACGCAGUUCUGA